CACGGUAAACAUGGCUGGAGAUAACACUUUAGAGAGCGAAGAAGAGAACAUUUUGUACGACUUACUAAUAAAUACUGAAUGGCCACCGGAGACCGACACACAGUUAAGAGGGAACAAGGAACAUAGUUCAUCUGUAAUUGCAAAGGCAGUGACUGGACCAUUUAGAUUCUUCUUACACUAUCUUUGGUAUAGCCCUUCCAGCUCCUCUCUGCCCCCGGGACUUGUUCGACUUGUCAGUAAACAAAUCAACUGGCAGCUGGUGCUGGCAAGUAAUGGGAAGCUAUUGGCAGUGGUUCAAGAUCAGUGUGUGGAAAUCAGGUCUGCCAGAGAUGAUUUUGGCUCACUCAUUGGAAAAUGCCAAGUUCCUAAGGAUCCCAAUCCUCACUGGAGGAGGGUGGCGUGGAGCCACGACUGCACCCUCCUGGCCUACGCCGACAGCACAGGGACCGUGAGGGUGUUCGACCUGAUGGGAAGUGAACUGUUCCUCAUUCCUCUGCAGACGGCCAGCUUUCCGGGUGAUUUCAGCCAGGCUGUGGCGGGCCUCAUCUUCCUGGAGUACACGGCCAGCGCUCAGUGGUCUGCCGAACUCCUCGUCAUCACCUACGGGGGGCAGCUCAAAAGUUACCUAGUCAGUGUUGGCACCAAUCAAAGCUUUCAGGAGAACCACAGCUUCAGUUUUACCACACACUACUCCCAUGGCAUCACCACAGCUAUCUACCACCCUGGACAUCGGUUGCUGCUGGUCGGGGGCUGUGAAGGUGGGGACGAUGAGGCAUCCAAGGCCGCAUGCUGUGGGCUCACUGCCUGGAGAGCUCUGUCCGGUUCUCCCUACUACAAGCAAGUCACCAGCUAUGAGGACGACAUGGGCUCUACACAGAGGCGGGGAUUCUUCAGGAUACCCAGUUUUCGAUUCUUUGGAAGUCAAGGAAACGAGAAGGAUGGCAUAUUCCGGAUGAGCCUGUCCCCUGAUGGCUCCCUUUUGGCAGCUAUUCAUUUCUCAGGGCAGCUCACCUUCUGGGAAAUCCCUUCAUUCAGACAGAUUGCCGGAUGGACUCAGGAUGCACAGCCAGGGUUCGAUGAGAUCAACCCAGAGUGGAAAAAUUCACUGGAGAAGAGGAAGAAAAUAAAAGACAAGGAGAUGUACUACCCCCUGCUGGAUGUGAACUGGUGGAGUGAGAGUGCGGUGAUCCUGGCACGCUGCUCGGGGUCGCUCACAGUGUCCUCCGUCAGGACCCUGAAGAACCUGCUGGGGAAGUCGUGCGAGUGGUUCGAACCCUCGCCACAGGUCACUGCUGCCCAUGACGGGGGAUUCCUUAGCUUGGAGUGUGAGAUCAAGUUGGCCCAGAAGAGGGCCCGCCUGGAGAGCAGCACCCCUGAGGACGAUGAGGACGAAGAUGACUCGGACUCGGAGGACGAGUCGUCCGCCAAGGCCCGCUACUUCCGCUACAUCAAGCAGGGCCUGUAUUACGUCACUGAGAUGGAGAGGUUCGCACCUCCCAGGAAACGCCCUAGGACCGUCCUCAAGAACUACCGGCUGGUGAGCCUGAGGUCCACCACCCCAGAGGAGCUGUAUCAGAGAAAGAUUGACAGUGAGGAGUACGGGGAAGCCUUAUCCCUGGCACAUGCCUAUGGCUUGGACUCAGACCUGGUCUAUCAGAGGCAAUGGAGGAAGUCUACUGUAAGCAUCGCAUCCAUACAGGAUUACCUGAGCAAGAUUAAGAAGCGGUCCUGGGUGCUGCACGAGUGUGUGGAGAGGGUGCCCGAGAACGCGGACGCGGCCAAGGAGCUGCUGCAGUACGGCCUCAAGGGCACGGACCUGGAGGCCCUCAUCGCCAUCGGCAACGGCGAGGACGGGGGCAGAUUUAUCUUGCCUGGGGACGUAGACAUUGAGGAUGUUCCUUAUGAAGAUUUCCUCUCCCCAGCCGAGGCGGUGAAGAGGAAGAAAGAGGGAGAGGCCAAGAAGAGGCAGGAGCUGCUGAAGAAGGUUGACUUCAGCAGGUUAACUCUGGAGCAGAAGGAGCUUUGCCGGAGCAGAUUAAAACUCCUGUGUUACCUGGAUCGCUUAGCCACAUAUGAGGAAAUCUUGGAACGGUCGCAUGCUGCCGAACAGAGAUAUGAUGCAGAAUUCUUCAAGAAGUUCCGCAAUCAGAAUAUUGUGCUGUCAGCAAGAACGUACGCCAGGGAGAGUAAUGUGCAAGCGUUGAACAUCUUGUUCACUUACCAUGGAUCAGAACUUCUCCAACAUCGACUGGCUAUACUGUACAACUUCCCAGAGACAACGUCCCCACAUGAAUACACCAUCCUCCUCCCUGAAGCCUGCCUGGAUGACAGAGGGAACCUGACGUUGUUCCCUUGGGAUGAGCAGAGGCACAGAGACAUGGACUGGUGUGAGCAGGAGGAAUGCAGGGCGGUUCUGGACCAGAACCCUCAGGAUGAGGAUGACUUCCUUUAUGAGGAGCAGCCGGACCUGCUCCGGUUCCGAACCGCUGCCCCUUCCAUUGGGCUCCUCACGGAAUGGUACCUGAGACGGGCUGAAGACAUCGACAGCUGCUCCCGACAGGUGGACUGUGCUUUAUCCCUGGUGCGUCUGGGGAAAGAGCACAAUAUCCCAGGCCUGGAGGUGUUGUGUGACGACCUGGUAACCUUGGAGACGCUGGUGUAUGAGACAUCCUGUGAUUUGAACCUAACUCUGAGGGAGCUACAGCAGAUGAAGGACAUCGAUAAACUCAGACUUUUGAUGAAAAAUUCAACAGAAGAGAGGUAUGUGAAGAAUGCAUACCAGUGGAUGGUCCCCUUCCUCCAUCGCUGCGAGAGUCAGACAGCAGGUUCAGCCAACGCCCUUCUGCGGGAGUACCUGGUCUCUCUGUCAAAGGAAGACCUCACCUUUCCCCUCAAAAUAUUCCAGCACUCCAAGCCUGACUGCCAGCAGAAGAUCAUUGGAGACCAUGACCAGCUGAUGUCCAUUGCCCUGGAGUGUAUCUACAGCUGCGAGCGAGACGAUCAGCUGUCGUACUGUUACGACGUGCUGGAAUGCCUUCCACAGAGAGGCUACGGGCCCGAAACAGACUUAAGUAAAACACUUCAUGACCAGGUGGAUAAACUGGAGAAACAUCUCAGCGUGGCUGAGCUUCUUGAGAAGCAUGGAUUACAGAAGCCCAUUUCUUAUGUGAAGAAGAGCCAGAACAGUUGUGAGGAGGCCUACCAGCUGAUGGUGAAGCUCACCCGUCACACUGGCCGCAAGAAUCCACCUGUGAGUGAGAACCUGUGGAAAGGGCUGCUGCAGGAUCUGCUGGAGAUGCAGCAGAAUGUUUACACCUGCCUGGAGCCUGACACCUGCCAUCAGAUCUUCACGGAGAGCUUGCUGUGCUCGAGCCGUCAGGAGAACAUUCGCCUGGCCGGGCAGAUGAUGCACUGCAGCGCGGUGUCCCAGGACAUCCCCGUCAGCCUGGCCUUCAGGGGCAAGGGUCACUCCAGGGUCUCCUACGAGAAGAGCGUCGAGCUGGUCCUGGCUGCCGCGCGGGAGUACUUCAACUCCUCCACCACUCUCACUGACAACUGCAUGACCCUCGCACGGUCCUGUUUGCAGUUGAUUUCUGACUGCCCACCUCUCAUCCAGGAAGAGCUGGACCUGAUCAGUGCACUCAGCCAGUUGGAGCACUUUGAAGUGAAAAUCCUUCCCUUACAAGUGCGUCUGCGGUCGGACCGCCUCACCCUGAUAGAGGAGUGUAUCCGCCAGUGUCCAACCGCCUACAAGCAGUCCACCGUCCUCCUGGGCCUGGCCAGGCAGCUCCGCGUGGCAGGAGACGAUGAACCAAAGAGAAAGGGGCAGGUGCUGACACUGCUGGCUGAGCAAGCCCUUCAUCAUGAGGACUACAAAGCUUCCCAAAUCCACUGUCAAGAUCUCAUGGCAAUAGGUUACAGCGCAGGGUGGCACGUGUGCAGCCAGCUGGGACAGUGUGAGAGCUACCAGGAUCUGCGGGCGCGUCAGGAGCUCAUGGCCUUCGCCCUCACGCACUGCCCACCAGACAGCAUCCAGACCCUGCUGGCCGCCAGCAGCUCUCUGCAGACCCAGAUCCUGUACCAAGCAGUGAAUUACCAGAUAGAUCCAUCUCACCUGGGAGAUGGACACAGUCAUUCUGCACCAGCGCCUGAUGGUGCAGAGUCCCAGCAGGCAGACGCGAGCGCGCCUGGAGCCAGGCACUCUGCAGACCUGCUGCACAGAACCACCGCUAAAACCAUGGAGGUUCUGUCUAACACCACCAUGACCACUAAAGCCGUGCUGCAUGCCGUCAGUGACUCACAGUGGUGGAAGACGUCCGUCAAUUACCUGAGGCCUCUACACGGUCAAGGACCCGGGCCUGCACUAAAGGGACCGUCUGGGGAAAACGCAGACCUGGAAAAACAAGGCUGUAACCCUUUCUAUGAAUCCUUGUUUGAUAAUCCUUAUAUUGAUGAAAGUGAAGAAAUCUACACAUCCUACGAUCACGUUCAUCAGGAGAACUUUGCUGAAGUGCUGUUGCGGACCGGCAAGCUCGCCGAAACCAAAAGCGAAGGCCAAAACCUCUUUCCAGCCACAGAAGUUCUCAUUCAGUUGGCCACUGAUGCUCUUCCUAAAGAUAUGACGCUGGCGUUGGCCUAUUUGCUUGCAUUGCCUCAGGUCCUGGAUGCCAACAAGUGUUUCGAGAAGCAGUCUCACUCGGCCUUAUCGCUACAGUUGGCUGCAUAUUAUUAUGCCUUGCAAAUCUAUGCACGACUGGCUCCGUGUUUCAAGGACAAAUGUCACACACUUUACCGGGCUGACCCCAAAGAACUGAUAAAACUGGUGACGAAGCACGUGACGGACAAUGAAGAGGCCGUUUGGCCGGAGGAGCUGGAGCAGCUGAUCGCACAGCUGCACCUUUACAACGAGAGGCUGACUGACUUCACUCAGGCCCAGAUACUUCAGGGGCUGGGGAGGGGCGUGGACGUGCACAGGUUCUCAGCAGACAACAAGUACAAGAAAGAGACCAUCCUCGGCCUGGCUGAGACUCUGGAAGAAAACGUAUACAAGAUCUCCCUGUCUCUGGCCCAGCGGUACAGCAUCCCCCUUUGGGAAGUGUACAUGACGCAUCUGGAGUUCCUCUUCACUGACAGUGGGCUGUCAACCAAGGACAUUGAAAGCCGGAGCGAAGCCCUGGGCCUCUUCGAGACUCUGAAAAGCAACCCAGCUGAUUUUUACGAUCACAUGACCAAGUACGUGUACCCCAGCAUCGAAGGCACGGACCUGCUCAGAAUGCUCUACUAUUUCACCCUUCUGGAGAACUGCGGCUGCUCAGAGUUUGUACAGACCGCCCUCAAACCCGACAGCCACAUCAAACUCCUGAAGAAGCUCAAGGCCGUAGCAACCGGGCUAGACUACCGAAAGCUGACAGAUGAAGACAGUGACCCGCGGCAGGCCCUGGAGCCUGUUCUGACCAGCCAGAACGUUCUGUCCAUUUCCAAGCUGACCUCCAGGCUGGCGCUGCGUGACGGGCGUGUGCUCUCCUCCAGCGCCGUGCACGCGGCGUGGCUGCGCAAGCUCUUCUGGAAGGGCGACCCCCAAGUCCUGAAGAAGCAGCCCCAGACGGAUGCCGAGUUCCUCCACGCCUACGACGCCUGCGCCAAGUACUUCGACAGGCUCUUCCCGGCGGACACCGCCGCCUUCGCGGACUCCAUAACCUUCUCCCCCGAAGCCGCCAGCCUGUUGACUGCUGACACCAGGCUGGAGGUUACGAGGAGGGCUCUGAAAACACUCAGACAAAUAAGUGAGAAAAUGAGGAAAAAGAGCGGCGAUGAAAGCUGCCACCUCGCCGAGAAUUCCCCCGCCAGCUUUGAUGAGGCCCUGAACCACCUCCAGCAAUCGCUGGCUCAUCUGGAAACACUCAGUCACAGCUUCGUUCUGUCCCUCAAGAACAGUGACCAGGAGCUUUUACAGGAGUACAGCAGGUUGUAUGACUUGUCCCGGUCAGAUAGGGAGAAAAUUCACCAUUUGGCAGUAACCAUGCUGAUGGACGGACAGCCACUUGACUACAUCCAGCAGUUGCUAGAGGUUGCCGUUGGCCCCUUGGACGUCUCUCCGAAAAACGCAGUACAGGAUGCAGUGGAGAGAAUAGUCUCAGCAUUAAGUGGAGAUAACACAGCAUUGAUAGGUGGCAGAGACCCCCUGAAGGUUCUGGAAGGAAUUGUCAAAUCCGUGCACGCCAAUGUUCAAAAUGGGGGCAGCCUCGUCUCCUCCGACGACCUGCUGGCUUGGCUGAGGCCCUUCUGCGGUGACAGCUCCCUGCCUGUGAAGCCGCGCAUUGAGGUGCUGCAGAUCCUGGAGCAGGCCUUCCACCUGACCGACCAGGACAGCAGGCUGCUGGUGUUCUUCAGGAGCCAGGCUGUGCUCAAAUCCUGCUGGCCAGACCGACCGCUGGAAAUCGGUGGUAUCGAGAAUGAAGAGAAGCGGUACCAGCUCUUUUUGGAGCUGCUGAACUCCAGCAGCAAAUGGGAAGAGAUGCAACACUUGAUGUUACUUCUGCAGGCCUGGCCUCCUCUGGCGAGCCAAGCCAUUGCGGGCUCGGCGGAGAACCCCUGGGUGAAGCUGACUUCUGCCAUAAUGUCACACUGCGCCUCGGGGACGAGGGCCGACGUGGGCAGCGAAGUGCUUAGCAUGUGCCGCUCCCUCUACCCCACCAGGCACAAGCUGCCGGUCGAGUGUAUCCGACUCAUAUCAGGCCUGCUCCUGGAUCAGCCGGGGCUCCAGCUCCCAGCUCUGAAGCUGAUGACGGAGAGCGGGGACGAGCAACUGCUGACGCUGACUCUGGGCCAGAUAAGCGGCAUCAAUAAAGUGGAUGAGUCAAACUGCGAUGCUGAGCUCUUGGCUCUGCUCCUGGAUGCCGGGCUCCUAAUUAGAUGCAUGGAGACCGUUUUCUACCCAGAGCUGGUCAACCACCUCCUGGCGCACCACCAGGAGAGGGGCUGGGACGUGGAGGAGAUGGCCCGGGAGAUGCAGCGAGCUGGCCGCAUUGCUGAGGCCGGGUCCCUGCUGCUGGCCCACAGAGGGACUCACCCGGGACAGUUCACCUUCAACAGUGCCCUGGCCGUUAUCAGAAAGUGGCUGUGACCGGGCACUGUGUGUGUUCUGAACGGGUCCCAUUACCACAGGUAUCCUAUGUAUUUACCAGAUCAGUCAGUUCAGUGUGUUUGAAAGCUCUUUCAGGCCAUAAGUGUCCUGACUGUCUGCCUGGCUACGAACGUUCUAGAAGAGGUGUGACCUGAAAUCGAACAUCCAUGGCUACCAUGGUGACACAGACACCAGGAUCUCCUGGCAUCAGUAUGGAAGACGGAAAGAAUGCAGUGGCUGAAUUUCUGGCCAUAAUGUCGAAUGUCUGUGGCGUUAUGCUGUGGAUCAGAAGUUGAGAGUAUGAUGUUUAAAGCAGCAGUAAAAUUUAUCGUUUCUACACUGAUUUCCCCUUUCUCCCCUCCCCAGCCCCUCAAAGAAUAAGCAUCACAGUUAUACUGACAUUUAUUCAUUGUGUAAGUCAAUAAGUGUUUGCAUUUGUCUGGGAUUUGUUAUGGUACUCUGUCACAGUUACUAAUCAUUAAAGCCUAACCACAAUCUGAA